UUAUUUUGAUGAUGAAUAUGAAGGCAUGCUAAGCUGUGCCGGAGAGCAGCUCUCGCCGACUACACUCCCACCCCGGGCUCAAGGACUCCAGAGCUCCCCGGCUGCUUCCCCUGCCCACUGCCAGCAGCAGCAGCAGCAAUAGCAGCAGCAGCAGCAGCAGCAGCAACGCCAAAAGUUGUGAUGCUUUUCUUCACCCAGUGCUUUGGGGCUGUGUUAGAUCUUAUUCACCUGCGGUUUCAGCACUACAAGGCAAAGAGGGUUUUCUCAGCUGCCGGGCAACUUGUCUGCGUCGUCAACCCAACACACAGCCUCAAGUAUGCAGCGACCCGCUGUGCAGCUGCGCAGGCGUCCACGGAGCAAGGCAUCCUUCCUCCCUGCCACCACCACGGUGAAGCAGUGCACGACCCCCAGCUGGUCCCCUGCACGUGCCCGCUCUUCUCCUGCCCGUGGGAAGGGCAUCUGGAGGUGGUGGUGUCCCACCUGAGGCAGACCCACCGCAUCAACAUCCUUCAGGGCGCGGAGAUUGUCUUCCUGGCCACGGACAUGCACCUGCCCGCGCCCACGGACUGGAUCAUCAUGCACUCUUGCCUUGGCCACCAGUUUUUGCUGGUCCUCAGGAAGCAGGAGAAGUAUGAGGGCCACCCCCAGUUCUUCGCCACGAUGAUGCUGAUCGGCACGCCCACCCAGGCCAACAACUUCACCUACCGGCUGGAGCUCAACAGGAACCAGAGGCGCCUCAAGUGGGAGGCGACGCCCAGGUCGAUCCUGGAGUGUGUUGACUCUGUCAUUUCGGACGGGGAUUGCCUUGUGCUGAACACUUCCCUGGCUCAACUCUUUUCUGACAACGGAAGCCUAGCGAUAGGAAUUGCCAUAACCACCAGCAAAGUUCACAGCUCCGAAGCUGAAAUGUGAUGGGGAGGAGGAAGAGGAGGAGGAACAACAGCAACAACAAUGGUGCUCUAGCUGCCUUCUGAGAGCCAGAACUCGUGGACUUUUUAUGGGGGGGUCUCGGGUCUUUUAUGGUAUUUAGUACUUGUCCACAGCGGGCAUUAUGUAAACAUCCCGUGGUUACGGUCCCUGUGUCAUGUAUUUACCGUUUUGCUAAUACAAUUUUAUGAGAAAUUUUAAAGAGGCUAAUCAAUUUAUUGUC